CAGUCGAUCGGUUCAGUGUUUCGGUGCCGGUGGAGUUUGCAGGAUCGACGUACGCACGCACCCACGAACACACACAGACAUAAGAUACGAACCAGAUUUGAAGUGGAGAGCAUCGGGACAGGACUGAUAUAUAUACACAUAGAGUUAUUUUUUUUCUUCUAAAUUUUUGGUUCCGUUUUGGAAUUUUGCUAAAUUUUUGCUUCGAGUCACAACAGAUCGAUUGUGAGUUGAAAAGAUGGUGGUGAGGCUGCUGAGCACGAAGGGCUUCGGCCCGUCCCAGAGCCUCUUCAAGAUCAGGAGCGCGAAGAACUACAGCACCAAGAUCACGUACAAACCGAUCCGCAGCGUUCUCGUUGCGAACAGAGGUGAAAUCGCGGUGCGCGUCUUCCGUGCCUGCAACGAGUUGGGCAUCAAAUCCGUGGCCAUCUACUCCAAGGAGGACAGGGCUCACAUCCACAGGCUGAAAGCGGACGAAUCUUAUCUGGUCGGUAAAGGUUUGCCUCCGGUCCAGGCUUACCUCAACAUCGAGGAGAUCAUCAGGGUGUGCCAGGACAAUGGAGUCGACGCCGUCCAUCCCGGUUACGGUUUCCUCUCCGAGAGGUCGGACUUUGCUCAGGCCGUCGUCGAUGCCGGCAUGCGUUUCAUCGGACCCAGUCCCAAGGUCGUCCAGCAGAUGGGUGACAAGGUCGCUGCCAGGGAGGCCGCAAUCGCCGCAGGUGUACCAAUUGUGCCUGGUACCGAUGGCCCGGUUACCACGAAGGAAGAGGCAAGGGAGUUCUGCAACAAGCACGGACUUCCCGUUAUUUUCAAAGCUGCCUACGGUGGAGGCGGCAGAGGUAUGCGUGUCGUCAGGAAAAUGGAGGAGGUCGAAGAGAACUUCCAGAGAGCGUCUUCUGAAGCUUUGUCCGCGUUCGGAAACGGAGCCAUGUUCAUUGAGAAGUUCAUCGAGAGGCCUCGUCACAUCGAGGUUCAACUGCUCGGAGAUAAGGCCGGAAACGUAGUGCACCUUUACGACAGAGAUUGCUCCGUGCAGAGGCGCCAUCAGAAGGUCGUCGAGAUGGCCCCGGCGCCUCAUCUGGAUGUUAAAAUCCGCGACCAGAUGACUGCGGCUGCUGUCAAAUUGGCGCAGCACGUCGGUUACGAGAACGCCGGUACCGUGGAGUUCCUGUGCGACGAGAAGGGCAACUUCUACUUCAUCGAAGUCAACGCUAGGUUGCAAGUCGAGCACACGGUGACUGAAGAGAUUACAGGUGUCGAUCUUGUGCAAUCGCAGAUCAGGGUGGCCGAAGGCAUGACCCUUCCAGAGCUCGGUCUCGUUCAAGAUAAGAUCUACCCAAGCGGUUUCGCUAUCCAAUGUCGUGUCACCACCGAGGAUCCAGCGAAGAACUUCCAGCCGGAUACCGGUCGCAUUGAGGUGUUCCGUUCCGGAGAGGGUAUGGGUAUCCGUCUGGACGGUGCCAGCGGUUUCGCCGGUGCCAUCAUCUCUCCGUACUACGAUUCGCUCCUCGUCAAAGUAAUCGCCCAUUCUCGCGAUCUCCAGAGCUCCUGCGCGAAGAUGAACAGAGCUUUGCGCGAGUUCCGUGUGCGCGGCGUCAAGACCAACAUCCCGUUCCUGCUGAACGUCCUCGAAAACCAAAAGUUCCUCAACGGCAGCGUCGACACCUACUUCAUCGACGAGAACCCGCAGCUGUUCCAGUUCCUCACCUCGCAGAACAGGGCCCAGAAGUUGCUCAACUACAUCGGUCAGGUGCUCGUCAACGGACCCACGACGCCGCUCGCCACCAACGUCAAACCCGCCGACACCACGCCAAACAUUCCGGCCGUCUCAGAAGCCUACUUAACCCAAGCGACCAGCACUUACAUAUCGGUCACCAGCGAAGAAGGACCAAAUGUUCAGCCACCCAAGGGUUUUAGGCAGAUCUACAAGGAGCAAGGUCCGGAAGCUUUCGCGAAGGCCGUGCGCGCCCACAAGGGUCUCCUCCUCAUGGACACCACCUUCAGGGAUGCCCAUCAGUCUUUGCUCGCCACCAGAGUGCGCACCCACGAUUUGCUGAAGGUCUCCCCGUACGUCGCACACAACUUCAGCAACCUCUACUCCAUGGAGAACUGGGGUGGCGCCACCUUCGAUGUCGCCCUCCGUUUCCUGCACGAGUGCCCUUGGGACCGUCUCGCCGAGAUGAGGAAGCUCAUCCCAAACAUCCCCUUCCAGAUGUUGCUCAGAGGGGCCAACGCCGUCGGUUACACCAACUACCCGGACAACGUCGUCGAAAAGUUCUGCGAACUCUCCGUACAAACUGGAAUGGAUAUCUUCAGGGUGUUCGAUUCUCUUAACUACUUGCCAAACCUGAUUUUGGGUAUGGAGGCAGCCGGUAAGGCAGGCGGUAUCGUCGAGGCUGCAAUCUCUUAUUCAGGAGAUGUGAGCAAUCCUAACAAGAAGAAAUACGACCUCAAGUAUUACAUGAAGUUGACCGAGGAGUUGGUGAAGGCUGGCACUCACGUCUUGGCCAUCAAGGAUAUGGCCGGUCUGCUCAGACCCACCGCAGCCAAGAUGCUCGUAUCAGCGAUCCGUGAUAAGUACCCAGACUUGCCAAUCCACAUCCACACGCACGACACCAGCGGAAACGGUGUCGCUUCGAUGCUCGCGUGCGCCGAAGCCGGUGCCGACGUCGUCGACGUUGCCGUUGACUCCAUGUCCGGUCUGACCUCUCAACCUAGCAUGGGCGCCAUCGUCAGCGCUCUGGAGGGAACUCCAUUGGACACCAAGUUCAAUCUUCCCGCCAUCUCCGACUACUCCGCGUACUGGGAACAAACUCGUACCCUGUACGGUCCGUUCGAAUGCACCACCACCAUGAAGAGCGGCAACGCCGAUGUUUACAACAACGAAAUUCCCGGCGGUCAAUACACCAACUUGCAAUUCCAAGCGUACUCCCUCGGCCUCGGCGACUUCUUCGAGGACGUCAAGAAAGCGUACGCCGAAGCCAACAUUCUUUUGGGAGACAUCAUCAAGGUCACCCCGUCCUCCAAGGUGGUCGGCGAUCUCGCCCAAUUCAUGGUACAGAACAAGCUCAAGGCCCAAGACGUUUUGGACAAGGCAGAGGAACUCUCCUUCCCCAAGUCCGUCGUUGAAUACCUGCAAGGUCACAUCGGUCAACCCUACGGAGGAUUCCCAGAACCGCUCAGAGCUAAGGUGCUUAAGGAUAUGCCAAGAUUGGAAGGCAGACCUGGUGCCUCAAUGAAGCCGUUCGAUUUCCCUAAACUGAAGGAAGAAUUAUCGCAAAUCUUCGACAAAGUCACCGAUAAGGAUGUCAUGUCCGCCGCCCUGUACCCGCAAGUCACCAAGGAUUACCUGAAGUUCACCGCUGAAUACGGACCGGUCGACAAGCUGGACACUCGCGUCUUCCUCGUAGGCCCGAAGGUCGGCGAAGAGUUCGAGGUGACCAUCGAGAAGGGAAAGACGCUCGGCGUGAAGACUCUGGCCAUGGCCGAGGAUCUGACCGAGAACGGCGAACGCGAAGUCUUCUUCGAGCUGAACGGUACCCUCCGAUCGGUGUUCAUCAAGGACAACGAGGCCAGGAAGGAACUGCACAUCCAUCCGAAAGCGGACAAGGCCAACUUGAAACAGGUGGGCGCUCCUAUGCCAGGCGAGGUCAUCGACAUCAGGGUGAAACCGGGAGACAAAAUCGAGAAGGGCACACCUUUGGUCAUCCUCUCGGCAAUGAAGAUGGAAACCGUCGUGCAAUCUCCGGCCAAGGGAGUCGUCAAAAGUGUAGAGAUCAAGAUGGGAAUGAAGCUUGAGGCCGAAGAUCUCAUCAUCUCCUUCGAAUAAAAAACAAAAAAACACCACCACCGCCAAAACCCCCAAUCGAAAGAGAGACCAAAAAAAAAAAGAAAAAAACAUCACGAGCGAUCUUGUAAAUACAAAUUAUUUUUUUAUUUGUUUGUUGAUUGUUGUUAUUGUUGUUAGUAGUGUUUCUUUCCUGUCGCUCUUUCUUGAUACUUUUCUCUCUAUCUUUUUAUUUAG